UUCAAAAAUUUUUUUUGGGCUUUUUUUUUUUUCUUGAAAGUAGAACAAAUAAUUAUUUAUUUGAGAGUGUUCCUAAUUUUGGUUGAGGGUGUUCUUAAUUUUUUUUUAAGGGUAAACAAAUAAAAAAAUUUAAUUAUUAUAUAUAAUUUUUUUUUUAGGUCAGGAUGAUCCUAGGAACAUUCUGGACUGAACGUGACACUGCCACUGCUUCGUAGUAAUGACUACUUUGAGAAUUCAUGAAGAAGACAAUUAUUUAUAAUGCACAUGUCGAAUGAAGCAUGUAACACAUUGUGAAUAGUACUUAUUAAACCCAUGACCGCACUUUCGUCGCAACAUCAGUUUAGUCCCCCUUGCCGUACAUGAAAAUGUGGGAAAUUGAUUUAAUAAUAUUAUCAACUUCCAUUUGACACUAUUUCGAAUCAAUAUGUUUGACUGACUCUGGCUAUGUUAUAAUCUGCAUGUGCUUGUUUGUAAAUUUUCCAUCGGUGAUGGUUUUGUUUUGUCUUUGUAUUGACGUCGAUGAGGGACCACCAACAGGAAUACUGGAUGGAACUUGCUUGGACAUGAACUGAUGUUUGAGGUAACGUAGCUUUGCCAAAACUUGAUCUCAACCUCACUUACCAGUCACAAAUUUAUGGUACUAUAGAAAUUAGGCUUAUGCUGCUGCAUGUAACACGUUCUAAGGAGUACGGACUUCCUAUUCACCCAUUACUUUAUCAAAAGCCCUUUUCGUUGCAACUUCAGAUUGGCCCCUAGUAAUCGUUGUAUAAAUAAUGUACAUUUUCCAACUCAAAAUUUUUGUAUAAAUGUGCUACUUAGUGCAAGGGAAUUACUUGACCUCAAUUUUUAUUCUGAGAGAGACAGAGAUGGUGAGAGCUCCCUUCUAUGAUAAAAAUGGACUAAAGAAAGGUGCAUGGAGUGUAGAAGAAGAUAAUAAAUUAAGAGCUUAUAUCCAGAGAUUUGGCCAUUGGAACUGGCGGGAACUUCCCAAAUUUGCAGGUUUAUCGAGGUGUGGGAAGAGUUGCAGACUGCGAUGGAUGAACUACCUCCGGCCAGGUGUAAAACGAGGAAACUACACCGAAGAAGAAGAGCGUAUGAUCAUCAAAUUGCAUGAAGAACUAGGCAAUAAAUGGUCUAUGAUUGCGGCAAGCUUGACAGGAAGAACAGAUAAUGAUAUAAAAAACCAUUGGCACGCUCACCUGAAGAAGUGCACCAAGAAUAAUCCUACAAUAUCCAAGAUGAAAACCUUGUCCAAUGAAGCUUACCAGUAUGAUGCUGAUAUAGCUAGGAAAACGGAAAUUGACAAUUUUGUAAGCAGUUCUCCUUCUUACCAAGUUAUGGAGAGCUCCCAAUUAUCCUUAGAAACGUCUUCCAAUGAAUUCCCCUCCUUGAGUUUUGAUAAUGCUCCUUUAUUCGGCAUAAAUUGGAUUGCAGAAGAUAAUCUCACUACAUUGGAAACACUUCAACAAUCGUUUAGUGACUUUUGGACUGAGCCCUUUAUAAUGGACAAUACCUACAUCCAGAAUAAGUAUCCAGUAUCCUUGGCAAAGGGAGGAUUUUGUACAUCUCAACCAUGCUACAAUGAAGGCAUAGAUUCCAUCUUCAUGGCCAUGCAAGAAGCAAAGAACUACCAGGGAAUUAAUGAAGAUCCAUAUUUGCUGAACUAGUGUGUUGGCACAUUUUCAUAUUUAACUGAAUAAAUGAAAUAUUUAUCGGUGUGCGUUUCAAAACCGAUUAAAAGCUAA